AACGUAUAAAAAUAAAUGUUUCUCUCAAUGUUUAGAAACAUUUCAAAGAAGUCGUCUUAAAAUUUGGAAAGAAAUUAGAUAGUGUGAUUUUAACUGAGUAUUUAAUAAAAAGUGACGAGACCAACCAUGCCACACACACUGAUAACUGAUAGACAUCUUGAAGAACUCAGAGAAUUGGGAGUGACUGUAGUGGAAGGUGUCAUUACUGAGGAGGAAUGUGACAAACAGAGAGGAAAAUACGAAGAAUGGCUGAAGGAGUUUCCGAAGGGCACUUGGCCCUUUUCUCCCCACGGAAUCGUCAAGUGGUACCGGUCUGGCCACAUGGAACCAACGUGGAACAUUCGAAUGCAAGCCAAGCCUGUCUUUACACAGCUCUGGGGCACAGAGGAACUGCUCUCCAGCAUAGACAACGUCGCUAUAGGCAGACCUCCUGAAGAUGGAGAAGAGGACUUUUACAGGGAAGGACAGCACUGGCUGCACUGCGACCAGGGUCCAAAGCGAAAGGGACUGCAUUGCUACCAAGGAGCCGUGUAUCUGGAGCACUGCGAUGAAGACGACUGGGCAUUUGAGGUGCUUGAGAAAUCCCACGAUCUGUUUGAGAGGUUUUACCAAGAAAGCGAACACGCGUUGACCGAGGGAAAAGAGGAUCCACUGUGGAGACUCAGACACCUGAACGACGAGGAUCUCAAGUGGUAUCUGGAUGAAGGAUGCAACCCCAGGAGAAUUGCAGUUCCCAAGGGUGGGAUGAUCCUCUGGGAUUCAAGACUCAUUCACGCGAAUGCCCGGCCUCUGAGAAACAGGAAUAACCCUGGUCGCUGGAGGUAUGUGGUCUUUGUCAGCAUGGGUCCUGCAGCCUGGGCCACGGAACAUGACUUGGAAAUAAAACGCGAUGCUUACAAAAAUCUCAAAAUGACAACACACUGGCCGUGUUUUGGUAUUGGAGUCCACCCAACAGAUCCACCAAGAUGUGCCUACAUCGAGGUCAGUAUGGUGUCCGAGUUACCGGAAGUUGCCAAGACUCUGGAAGCCAAGCGUCUGAUGGGUGUGGAACCAUAUGCCCGUGUAUGGAAACCUGAAUGGAACGCUGAGCGAAUCGAGAUAGAGAAAAAGGAAGAAGAGAGACUCCGUAACAACAAAGACAAAUGGGUAAACCUUGGAAGCUGGAACAUCAUAAGCCAAUGGUCAUUGUACAGACGCCUUGCUGUAUGCCUAUCCAUGGGCAUUACACUUACAGCGCUCAUUAAACGGUCAUGGGCAGUGUAGGGUUACUGCAGGACAUGUUAUCUGGGAAUGUGUAGCCUCACCCCCUCCUUCUCUCUCUCUCUCUCUCUCUCUCUCUCUCUCUCCAAAUAUAUGUACAUGUACAUAUACACAGACAUUUCAAACUAUACAAGUUAUAUAUUGUACAGCUAUACAUAUUCCAAAUGCAUACAAAACAAAACCACACACACACAGCAGCACCCCCCCCCCCCCCCCCCCCCCUCCCCCCAAUUGAAAACUGGAACAAAAUACCCGGACAUUUACAACUCCCCGGUGAACGAUUAUGACAAAUUCGGUACUGAGAUGCUACCAGCAUUAAUAUACUUCAAAAAAGUUAGUUUGUGUUGAUUAAGUAUUUGUUCACAAAAUAAUGUUUUAAAAAUAUGUAUAUUAUUAACUCAUUUUUUAUACAUUGUAUUCCUUUUUAAAUAUAUUUUUCACAAUUUUAUUCUGUAGUGUAGUAAUAUUUUUGAUAAACGCUUUUAUUCUAUAGGUAGUACAAUACCAAAUAACUUCCGGCUGGGUCAAAGUUCGAGGUGCACCGAACUUUUGAUAGAGAAGUAAACACCACAAGUCCUGUGAUUGGUUAUAAAUGUGAGUGUGUUGGUU